UAUCUCCCUGGAUACGCCACUGGUGAUUACGUUGCAUUUCGUUCGUCGACCAACGGACAUCGUGCGAACGAAUCUUAUGCGAACGAGCGUUUCAAACGAACCGAAUUCUUCACACUGGCCGUUCUCUUCCCUUCACCGCAAUCCAACCGUUUUUUUUUUUUUUUGCGUUGCAGAUGCGAGAUACCGGAAUGUGACUCACCGAACCCUGCGGAACAGACGUACGAGACGCCGUGGCUGCGGUACACGACUCCAUUUAAAGAGGACGGGCGACUGCCCAAGAAGUGUCUACGGUACGCCGCGCUCUCGGGACCGGUGGCCAGCAGCAGCAACGGGACACGGUGCGCGCCUGGCGAGUUCGACGUGAACGCAACCGAGGCGUGCUACGGCAGAUGGGUAUUUGAAGACCCGGAGACUACCGUCGGCACGGAGUUCGGGCUUAUGUGUGAGGACAACAAAUGGAAGCUGUCGAUGGUUGGCUCGAUCAAUAACUUCGGUCAGUUCAUCGGCAUACCGAUCUCGGGAGUCAUCGCUGACAAGUUCGGUCGAAGAUUCACGAUGAUUUUCUGCGCAGUUGGGUCGGCCAUACUAUGUAUCCUCCAAUCGUUUUCGUUCAACUUUUACAUGUUCUUGACCUUCGAACUAUUGUCUUCGAUCGUGUCCAGCGGAAUUUAUGCUGUCACUUUCAUAUUGGCGAUGGAAUUAUUUUUGCCCGAAAAGCGAGUGCUGUACUACUCGAUCCUGGAAUGUUUCCUGCCGGUCGGCGCCAUCAUGGUGGCUUUGAUCGCCAGCUGGGUUAAGGACUGGAGACUGUUGUUACGAUUGUCCAACGUCCCAGGGCUGCUGUUCCUGACGUACUUCUGGCUGACGGAAGAAUCGAUGAGAUGGUUGGAGACGCAAGGCAAACACGAUCGGGUGAUCAACGCACUCAACAAAAUCGCCAUCGUCAACAAGAAACCUAUGCCCAACCUGCCGCCGGUCGUACCCCAGACACAGGUAACGAAAGAGAAAGAAUCUGAAUCGAACGUCAGCAUCAUGAAAGAUAUGAUCCGCUCUCCGACCAUAUUCUGGAGGAUGAUCAGAUGUUCGUACGUGUGGAUAGCGGCCACUCUAGUGUACUACGGGCUGACCAUAGGCGCGACCGACAUUGCCGGCGACAAGUAUCUGAACUUCUCUUUGGCUUCGUUCGUCGAAAUCCCAGCCUGUCUAUUAAACUGGGCGAUAAUGGAAGGGAUGUCCAGGAAGAAUUCGCUGUGCUGUGUGCUCGUGCUGAGCGGCGUCACCUGUUUCCUGUACAUCUUGUUGCCGGCAAGUCUAGCCAUGGUCAAGUUAUCCGUGUUCAUGGUCAGUAAACUAGCGAUAGCUGUCGCGUUUUCCAUCGUCUACAUGCUGACCACGGAGAUAUUCCCCACACAGAUGCGGGCCACCAUGGUGUCAAUGUGCUCGAUGCUGGGUCGAAUCGGAUCCAUGUUGGCACCUCAGACCACACUGCUG